AUGCCGCGACGCGUCGCCCCCGACUACGCGCUGUACGUCGAGACCUUCAGCGCCUCUGAGGAUGUCGUCCAUACGCGUGGGACCAUCAAGACCAAACGCGCCGACUUUCACACGCCCGCUGAGAUCUUGAUCCCAUUGACUCAUAGGUUUUCGGGUCUGUUCAAUUUCACAUCUUCUACCACGUACUCGGACUAA